AUGUUGUUGUCACGGGGGCUGCUAGCCUCUACACUCCUUCUCGCCGUCAAGGCACAAGAUGGUAUCGACCAAGCCGCAGUCAACAUUGCUACAGGAUUUGCGGAGACUCUCAUUCAACAUGCUUAUACUACUCUCAACGAAGAUUCAGGAGGUUCUGGUGAUGCUGGAAGCGGUGGAAAUCAGGGCCAAGCUUUCGAUGCGAGUUUACUCGACAAGCAACAGAAUGCAGCCGACAACGAUGCCACCGUCACUCAGGUCAUACAGGGCCAAGUUACUGUCGAGACAUACACUCGCCCCGGAGGAGUACUAUUCCCCGUGACACUCCUUCCACACCCAAGAAUUACGCUUGCUCCGACCCGUAAUGAUCCUUAUGAAAGGAUUAUCCAGGCCUAUACUGGAGGUAAUGAUGCCACUACAAAUCAGGAAAUCACAAUUGCCGAACCCUCGGGAACAAACCCGGGUACUAUUAUCGUUGAUGUUCCUGGUACUGCUUAUUCUUCUUUCUCAUCUGGCCAAGCCGGCGCGUUGACAAUCCCUCCUUCAAACGACAACCCGACAGCCACGAUUAUUUCGGCAUUGCCUAGUGGUGUUGCCAUUACUGGCGAGGCUACGAGGACAAUUCCAGCGGCCGGAAAUGCCCCUGCGACUGUUGUUAUCCAGACUCCUUGGGCAGACGUGCCACCAAGCACUCCUGGCGUUGGAGGUGCUGGCGCUGGUGGUGCCGUUGGUGGCAACGCUGGAGGCAGUACAUCCAAUGUUUUGGUGAUUCAAACAUACACCGGAACUGAGUACAUCACCCAGGCUCGAGUUUCCACCAUUGUUGGUUCUGGAGGCGAUCAGGGCACAGUAGUUGUCCAGAUCCCUCCAGGUAACCAGAACCCCGGUGGUGCUGUCACGAUUCCUCCAAGCGACGGUGGCCAUUUCACCACGAUUGUCAGGCAAUACACAGGAGCUUCUGCUAUUUCAACUCCUGUCACAAUCCUUGUCCCAACCUCGGCCGGCCAGGAUGGAACAAUCAUCAUCGAGACGCCUGGACCUUCGAGCUCAGCUGGCACCGGUGGAGAUAGUGAUCUCCCUGAAAAUCAACCGCAGGUUAUUCCACCCAGCGGCGAUAACCCUUAUUCUACGAUCUUGAGGCCUCACGCCGGUUCCGACCAGAUUACCGAACCUGUUACGUAUACUGUGCCUCCAUCUGGUACUAACGCAGGAACGAUUAUAAUCGAGACUCCAGCUGUGCGCGCUGGUCAGCAGGUCAUCACGCUUCCAUCUGACCCUAGCAGUGGUUAUAUUACCAUUGUUAGACAGCCAAACAGUGUUAUAACUGCACCCAAUACUAUCACAAUCGCACCCUCUGGUGGUCAGCCAGGAACUAUUAUUAUCGAGACUCCUGCCCCUCAACCCGGCGAUGUCGAGAUUACAAUUCCUCCUGGUCAAGAUGGCUCUUUCGUGACCAUUAUCCAAGGUCCUACAGGAUCCAAUGCUGUCACAGUCCCUAACACAAUCACAAUCACUGGGGCUCCUGGCCAACCUGGAACAAUCAUCAUCCAGACUCCAGUGCCGUCUGGAGGUGGACAGAUCACCCGAGGCCCUGGUGAUCCUUUCACUAUUCCUGCUGGAUCGGGUCAAUAUGUCACUAUUUUCCGACCUCAUAGCGGUGAUCCAAUUUCGGUUCCGAUUACGCUCACCCAGCCAGGUACGAAUGGUCAACCAGGCACUAUCAUUAUUGAGACGCCUGAUCCGACCACAUCUGCACCAGGAAGUGGGCCUAUUACCAUUCCUGCUGGAGGUAACAGCCCUUAUGUGACUAUCUAUAGGCCACAUAGUGGAAGCCCUAUCAGCGCACCGGUCACGAUCACCAUCCAACCCAGCGGUACCCAGCCGGGGACUAUCAUCGUUGAGACACCAAUACCAACGCUUGAGACCCCUAAGGGCCAGAAUGCGGUUACUUCCCCUGCUGCGGGUGGCCAACCGAUCACCAUCCCUCCCAGCAAGAACAACCCGUAUGUCACCAUCUACCGCCCUCAUACAGGUGACCCCAUUACCGUCCCCAUCACCAUCACUCAGUCUCCCUCAAACGGACAGCCUGGGACCAUCAUUAUUGAGACUCCAGCCCCGCCAGCUGACACCGUCACUGAGACUGAACCUGGUGCGACCGUGACGGUUCAACCUGAUAACCCUGGUGGAUACACAACCAUAUAUCGACCGCAUACGGGCGACCCAAUCUCUGAGCCUAUCACUGUCACAACGAUUAAUGGUUCGAAUGGCCAGCCAGGAACCGUUAUAAUUGAGACUCAAGGCCCCUUCACGGUCACUGCCACUGGCCCCGGUGGCACUGCCACUAUCUACACUCCUGGAUCAGAUUCCAGCACCACAGUUACGAAGACCGUCACCUUGACAGCUUCUGGAGGUCAACAAUCUACCGCAGUUGUUAUUGAGACUCCACCUCCAAUAAAGGUUCAACCCACAACUGCAAUGGUUACGGUGACUGGCCCUGAUGGAUAUGUCACGGUCACUGAACAGUACACCGGGACGAGUGUUAUUACGGCCAUCUUUACUACCACAAUCACUGGAUCUGGCACAAAUCCUGGCACGGUUUUCAUAGAGACACCGCCACCAGUCAAGUUCGCUCCCACUUCAACGGUUUCUGGCACCGACAACUAUGUCACUGUCUAUGAACCGUUCCCCGGCCCAGGCAUCAUUACGGCACCCAUUACCGUUACGCAGGCCACUCCUUCCGGUGGGCAGCCGGGUACAGUGAUUAUCCAGACUCCUGUUGUGGACACCCCCACGACUACAUCAUUGCCAGAUCCUACUACUACUCAGGGACCUGAUGGUUAUGUCACUGUGUAUCUUCCGUUCCCUGGACCUGGUGUCAUUACCACGUCCUAUACCAGGACACAGGCCCCUUCAGGUGGAAAUCCUGGAACUGUUUUUAUUACAACGCCAGCCCCUCUACCUGCUACAUCUUCUGAGGCAAAUCUUCCUAGUACAACCUCUGGAACAGACGGCUAUGUGACAGUUUUUAUCCCAUAUCCGGGACCGGGCGAGAUCACUGCGCCCAUCACCAGGACUCAGCCACCAGCAAAUGGCCAACCUGGUACUGUCUUCAUUACCACACCUGUCCCUGUGUUCACUACACCGAAGCAGAUGAACGGGUUGACUUCAACGUCUCAAGGAACGGAUGGUUAUGUCACAGUUUUUGUUCCUUACCCAGGACCAGGCGAGAUCACUGCACCCAUCACAAGCACCCAGCCGCCUGCCAAUGGCCAGCCUGGUACUGUUUGGAUCACUACACCUGUUCCUGCAUUCACUACACCAAAGCAGAUGAACGGGUUGACUUCCACUUCCCAAGGACCAGAUGGCUAUGUGACAGUAUUCCUGCCCUUCCCCGGCCCAGGUGUAAUUACUGCUCCUAUCACAAGUACCCAGCCCCCUGCUAACGGCCAGCCCGGAACCGUUUUCAUCACAACGCCAGCACCGCUGUCCACUGAUCAGCAGAAUGUGGCAACCACUACACCUGGUGAUGAUCAAUAUGUGACCGUUUUCCUGCCCUUCCCGGGUCCUGGUAUUAUCACUGCACCUAUUACCCGCACCCAGGCACCGUCUGGUGGCAACCCAGGAACUGUGUUUAUCACGACACCGGCUCCUGAGACUACGGCCCAGCCCCAGACUUCUGCCCUUACUACGGAUAACUAUAUCACCAUUUACACCCCUUUCCCAGGACCAGGUGUAAUCACCGCACCUAUCACUAUUACCAAGACACCAUCUAAUGACCAGCCCGGAACAGUCCUUAUUGAGACACCUGUCCCAGUGAGCUCUAGUGCCGAUACCUACGUGACAGUCUACAGGCCCUACCCAGGUCCUGGAACGAUCACUGCACCAAUAACCCUGACUCAGGCUCCUUCCAACGGCCAGCCUGGUACGGUGUUUAUCGAGACUCAGCCAACAGAAACGCCGACUCCAACAACGCAAACUACUGAUGGUUCUACUCCUCCUAUUGCCAUCCCUCCUGAUCCGACUGGUUCUUAUGUGACAAUCUAUCAUCCCGGCCCUGGCCAGAUUACAUCUCCCAUCACAUACACUCAAGCCCCUGUUUCUGGACAGCCUGGUACAAUUAUCAUCGAGACUCCCAAUCCUGAUGCCAAUACUGCCACCCAGACAGGCCCAGUUACUGUCCCCACUGGGAGCAACAAUCCAUAUGUCACGGUAUAUAAACCCUACCCUGGCCCCGGCAACAUUGAUCAGCCUAUCACUAUUACUGCUGCGACCCCCACAGGUGACCAGCCAGGCACGAUCAUCAUCGAGACACCUACACUAGAGGUCAACACCAAGUUUGCCCCGUCGCCAACUUCUUCGUCGCCAGUUACCAUUCCGGCUGACAACAACAACUAUGUCACUGUCUAUAGGCCACACACUGGAUCUCCGAUCACUGUGCCAAUUACUGUCACUACCAUUGCACCUUCAGGAGGACAGCCUGGCACCGUGAUCAUUGAGACGCCAGCACCCGAGUCUCAGUCAGAGGCCCAGCCUACAACCACAGACAGCCCGCCUGUCACCAUUCCCCAAGGUCAAGACGGAUACGUGACAGUCUACCGCCCGUAUCCCGGUCCUGGUGUUAUUACAGCCCCAGUCACUGUGACCACUAUUGCGCCGACUAAUGGUCAACCUGGAACUGUGAUCAUCGAGACACCUGCUCCUGAGGUUCCAACUUCUUCCUCAUCUGAUGAGCCCCAGACCACAGCUUCUGCUGUCACCAUUCCCGCUGAUAACGCUGGCUAUGUGACUGUAUACAGACCUUACCCAGGACCUGGAACAAUCACCGCCCCUCUUACCGUUGGAACUGUUGCACCAACUAAUGGCCAGCCUGGAACGGUCAUAAUUGAGACACCUGUGCCUCAAGCCGCGCCGGAGACCACCUUAGCACCCGAAGUUACUUCUACUCAGGGAACUGAUGGUUAUAUCACGGUCUUUCGGCCAUACACUGGCACUGGUCUCAUUACAGCGGCUAUUACUGUCUCUACCAUCCCUCCCUCUAAUGGUCAACCAGGAACUAUCAUCGUCGAGACACCUGUGCCUCAGGAUCCAACGACCACAACUAGUGAUGCUGCGCCUGUCACCGUUCCACCAGGACCCGGAAAUUCGUACGUGACGGUUUAUAGACCUCAUACGGGUACUGACAUUAUCACGGCACCUAUGACGGUUACUACUAUUGAAGGAGUUAACGGUCAGCCCGGAACCAUCAUUAUUGAGACACCAGUACCUCAGGCGGCAACCUCGACAGAUGAAUCUACCGAGGCUGCACCUGUGACUAUUCCACCCGGUCCAGACAGCUCCUACAUCACUGUCUAUAGACCACAUACAGGAAGUGAUGUCAUUACGGCACCUGUGACCGUAACUACUAUCCAAGGCGUCAAUGGACAGCCGGGAACAAUCAUUAUCGAGACUCCCGCGGCCCAGGAUACUAACGCACCUAGCACUGGCCCUACAAGCCCUGGCAGUACCUAUGUCACCGAAUAUCGUCCAUAUCCUGGACCAGGAAAUAUAGAUCAGCCUAUCACGGUUACAACUAUCGAGCCCUCCAACGGGAACCCAGGAACUGUUGUCAUCGAGACACCUACUCCAGAUGUCAACACGAAGGUUGCUCAGCCUCCGCUUACCCUCGAUCCUGGCCCAGGCGAUCAGUAUAUUACUGUCUACAGACCAUACACAGGUACUGGGGUCAUCACUGCACCUGUCACCGUUAGUACCAUUGCACCUUCAGGUGGCCAGCCCGGAACAGUUAUCAUUGAGACUCCUGAACCGGAAACUCCUGGCUCUAAUCCAACAGUGACCUUGCCCGCUGGCCCUAAUGAGUCUUACAUUACGGUGUUCCGACCUCAUACGGGUACUGAUGUGAUUACUGGCCCUGUCACGAUUACAACUAUCGCACCCGCCAAUGGUCAGCCCGGCACUGUCAUCAUCGAAACUCCUGUUGAGUCUGAGCCUGCCUCUACCCCGGCCCCUGUUGAUUCAGCAACGAGCGCUCCUCCUCAAGCUACUUAUGUUACGGUUUAUCGCCCUCACACUGGGGCAGACCGCAUCACUGCGCCCGUUACUGUCACAACCAUCGAGCCUUCAGGAGAUCAGCCGGGAACGGUCAUCAUUGAGACCCCUGAUCAAGAUUUGCCUCCUGUCACAACCUCGGCUGGACCUCUUGCCACCUAUGUUACUGUUUACCGACCUUACACAGGAGCAGACAGGAUCACAGAACCUGUCACUAUCACGACUAUUGAGCCGACCAACGGCCAGCCCGGUACAGUUAUCAUUGAGACUCCAGGACAGCAAGCGCCUCCUGUGACGACCACCCCUCCCCCUGCUACUUACGUAACUAUCACUAGACUCUACACUGGGACAGACCAGAUUACAGAACCAAUCACGACCACUAUACCUCCACAAGGUGAUCAGCCCGGUACUGUGAUCAUUGAGACUCCAGGCCAGCAAUUGCGGCCGGUAACCUCAACGCCUGGUCCUGCUUCAUAUGUGACCAUCACCAGGCUAUACACCGGUACAGAUCAGAUCACAGGGGCUAUAACGAGCACUAUUCUCCCUCAGGGUGACCAGCCUGGAACUGUCAUUAUUGAGACGCCUGGCCAACAAGUGGCCGCUAUGACCUCCUCUUCCGUACCUCCUUCUUAUGUGACAACGACGGUUCCCUAUACUGGCACUGAUCAGAUUAGCGUGCCUAUUGUUACUACUGUCUCUCCCCAAGGCGACCAGCCGGGAACUGUCAUCGUUGAAACACAGGCUCCGUUUGUGACAGUCUAUCGUCCGCAUACAGGGCCGGAUCAGAUCACCGGUCCAGUCACCGUCUCGACCAUUGCUCCCACAGGAGAUCAGCCUGGCACGAUCAUCAUUGAGACUCCUGGCGCGGCCCCUGCUGUCACAACUACACCACCUGCGCCAUCAUACGUCACUAUCACUACUCUGUUCACUGGAACAGAGAUACUCAGCGAGCCCACUACCGUCACUACGAUCCCCCCUCAAGGAGAUCAACCUGGUACUGUCAUUGUUGAGACACAAGGUCCUUUCAUGACAAUUUCAACACUUUAUACUGGAACAGGUGUAAUCACAGCGCCGACUGCCCUCACAACGAUUCCUCCACAGGGUGGACAGCCUGGAACUGUUGUUAUUGGAACACCAGGAUCAUACGUCACAUCGACUGUUCUGUAUACCGGAUCUGACUCGAUUACUGGCCCCACAGCGUUGACAACCAUUCCACCCCAAGGUGAUCAACCGGGCACGGUCGUUGUGGGAACUCCCGGAUCUUAUGUCACAACAACGGUGCUUUACACUGGCACCGAUUCGAUUACUGGGCCUACAGCUCUCACAACGGUUCCCCCUCAAGGCGACCAGCCUGGCACCGUUGUCAUUGCCACGCCCCCUUCGUAUGUCACGACAACUAUUCCUUACACUGGAACCGAUCAGAUCACUGCGCCAAUCACAGCUACUACCAUCCCUCCCUCAGGGAACCAACCCGGAACUGUUGUCAUCGAGACCCAGGCCCCAUUUGUCACGAUUUAUCGCCCUCACACUGGUAUCGACAGAAUCACUGCGCCUGUUACGGUUUCGACCAUCGCCCCAUCUGGUGACCAGCCAGGUACGAUUGUGGUCGAAACCCCUGGCGCAGAACCCCCUGUCACUACAUCGCCUCCUGCUCCAACAUACACGACACUUUAUGAGGAGUACUCCGGCACCGAUGACAUUACUGAGCCUUUCGUCAAGACUACUAUUGAGCCACAAGGUGACCAGCCCGGCACCAUUAUCUUUGAUACUCCUGCCCAGCGAGUCGUGUCCACCAGUGCUGCACAGCCUUCCUAUGUUACGGUUUACCAGCCUCAUUCUGGCCCAGACAGAAUCACUGCCCCUGUUACUGUCACAACUAUUCCUCCACAGGGAGAUCAGCCGGGCACUGUUAUCAUCGAAACACCAGGUUCGGAGCCUGCCAUCACGUCGACGCCGGCCCCUGAGCCAUCUUAUAUUACAGUGUAUCAGGCCCAUACUGGGCUCGAUAGAAUUACUGAGCCCGUCACUAUCACAACCAUUCCUCCCCAAGGCGAUCAGCCAGGUACCGUGAUCAUUGAGACACCAGGUGCAGAACCCCCUGUAACAUCAGGACCUACGCCCGAACCCUCCUAUAUCACAAUCUACCAGCCACAUACCGGCUUUGAUAGAAUCACCGAGCCUGUCACACUUACGACGAUCCCUCCUCAAGGCGACCAGCCUGGUACCGUGAUCAUUGAGACACCAGGAGCGGAGCCUUCUCUGACGUCGGGACCUGCCCCGGAGCCUUCAUAUGUGACGAUCUAUCAGCCACAUACUGGAUCUGAUAGAAUUACUGAGCCUGUUACACUUACAACUAUCUCUCCCCAAGGAGAUCAGCCAGGCACGGUUAUCAUUGAAACCCCUGGCUCGGAGCCCCCUCUUACUUCAACCCCAGCUGCUGAGCCUUCAUAUAUCACGAUCUAUCAGUCAUAUACUGGUACAGAUCAGAUAACAUCUCCAGUUACACUGACCACUAUCGAACCAUCCGGGGAUCAGCCUGGAACCGUCAUCAUCGAAACGCCUGGAUCCGCGCCUCUAGUCACAUCAGCCCCUGCGCCUGAACCUUCAUACGUGACAGUCUAUCGACCGCACACGGGCGCGGAUCAGAUCACUGCACCAGUUACCAUCACCACCAUUGAGCCUCAAGGAGACCAGCCAGGAACUGUGAUCAUUGAGACACCUGGCUCUGAGCCAGCAGUGACCUCUUCACCAGAACCUGCUCCUCAGCCCUCAUAUGUGACAGUAUAUAGACCUCAUACUGGUGCUGACCAGAUCACUGCACCGAUCACAAUCACGACAAUCGAACCUCAAGGGGACCAGCCAGGAACCGUGAUCAUCGAGACACCAGGCUCUGAGCCUCCUGUUACCUCGACACCAGCUCCCUCAUAUACCACCAUCUAUGAGCCUUACACUGGUACAGGAGAGAUUACAGGCGAAGUUACCGUCACAACCAUUCCUCCCCAGGGUGAUCAGCCAGGUACUGUCAUCAUUGAGACACCGGGUCCGCAAACCGCAAACAAGGGAGCGAACCCUCCUCUGACUAUUCCUGCUGGAGACGAUAGCUACGUGACGGUCUUCAGGCCUUACACAGGAACCCCUAUGAUAACAGCGCCCGUCACGGUUACGACCAUCUCCCCGUCUGAUGGCAACCCAGGGACUGUUAUCAUUGAAACACCAGCACCUGAAGCCGCAGCUACCUCGGCACCCGAGGAUGUUUAUGUUACCGUCUACACCAUUUACACUGGCACUGGUCAACUUACGGCGCCAAUUACUGUCACAACCAUUGCUCCUGUCUCUGGAACCGGUACUAUCAUCGUUGAGACUCAGGCCGAGGCUACUACUCCCCCGCCUGUCACGAUCCCGCCUAGUGACAAUAGCCCCAACAUCACCAUUGUGCGUCAGUAUCCUGGCCCAGGAGUCAUCACCGCCCCUGUGACCUCGUACGAGCCGCCAAGUACGCCUGGACAGCCUGGAACGAUUAUCAUAGAGACGCCAGCCCCCGUUUCUGAGACUACAUCUGAGGCACCAGGCACCAAUGUUACACUCUACACCUUGGCUCCCCCGGGUGUCAAGACUCCCAUCACUAGUUACGCGCCCCCACAAACACCAGGCCAGCCAGGAACUGUUUUCAUUCAGACGGUGGCCACUGAUGCUGAGUCUACCUCUGAGGAAGGCAGAAACGUGACUAUUUACACUGACGGCCCUGAUUCUCUUACUGCACCGUACACUACCUACUACCCUCCUGGGUCCCCUGGAGAUCCCGGAACCGUGCUCAUUGAGACUCCUCCUCCAGUUCCUACUGGUCCCGCCUCAGUAUCGGCAGUGCCCACCACUGACGAUUCGGCCAGUGGCAUUACAACACCUGCUUCGAGCAACCCCGAUGCACUCACCUUGACUCCGAGCGAUAGCAACGAUGACUUUACUGUCAUUGAACCGAACACCAGGUUCGCUGAUGCUAGCGAGAAUGUCACACAGAUUAUCCCCGCCACCGAUGGAACCCCCGGAACACAGAUCAUCUACACACCUGUGGAUACAUCGGGAGAGUCAUCCGCUGGUGCACCGGAUACUGACAGUUAUGUUACCAUCAGUGCGACAGUCACUAUUCCUGGAGAUCCCUCAACACGUACCGGGUCCGACUCCGACGCCGGAAGCGACGCAGGUACCACCGGCGCGGAAACCAAUGUCAUCAUUAUUCCCCCUAGUGGUACUGAGCCAGGAACGGUGCUCUCGCAAACUAGUGUUUACUUGGAUCAGGCUUUGGCUGAACACGGAAAUGUGACGAUCACAAGGACAGCACCCAGUGGUGUUACCACAAGGUUCACUACCUACUCACCCCCAGCUCAAAAAGCUGAUCCAGGAACCAUCAUCAUUGAGAUUCCAGACUACAAUGUCACCAUUACGCGGGCAGCCCCUACUGAUAUCACAACCACAAUCACAACCUACUCGCCUCCUGCAACGCCCGGCGACCCAGGUACCGUCAUCAUCGAGACGCCAGAUUAUAAUGUCACCAUUACCCGUGAGGCGCCCGCAUCGAUCACAAGUCUCCGCACAAGCUACGCUCCUCCAGGAACUCCUGGCGAUCCUGGCACUGUAAUCGUUGAAACUCCAAACAACGACUACAACGUGACCAUCACUCGUGGCGCCUCGAUUACAGCCCCCUAUACCACGUACUCGCCUCCUGGCGCCUCAGGAGAUCCAGGCACCAUUAUCGUCGAGACGCCAGAUUAUAAUGUCACCAUUACCCGAGAGGCACCAGCUUCGAUUACUGAUGUACGGACGACAUACAAUCCUCCAGGCACUCCAGGCGAUCCAGGAACUGUCAUCGUCGAGACACCAAACAAUGCCUAUAACGUCACCAUCACAAGGGCAGCUCCCGCUUCGAUUACUAGCAUAUAUACCACCUACUCGCCUCCAGGUGCUCCUGGUGAUCCUGGCACCGUUAUUGUUGAGACACCCGACUACAAUGUUACUGUUACUCGUGGUGCCUCGAUCACGGCCCCUUUCACAACGUACUCGCCGCCAGCUACACCUGGAGAUCCCGGUACAGUCAUUGUAGAGACACCCGAUUACAAUGUCACCAUCACACGAGAAGCACCAAGAACCGUCACAACCUUGCGUUCAUCGUAUGCCCCACCUGGAACUCCCGGUGAUCCGGGCACCGUUAUCAUCGAGACACCUCUUGGUCCUUACAAUGUGACGACGACUCGUGGUGCUUCAACGAUCACGGCGCCAUUCACAACUUACUCGCCUCCUGAUGGACCUGGCGACCCCGGCACCAUUAUUGUUGAAACCCCUGAUUAUAAUGUCACCGUCACCAGUGACGCUGACUCUUCGGACGCUGCAACAGAUAUUGUCACCAGGUAUAACCCUCCUGGCACCCCAGGUGACCCAGGUACCAUCGCCAUCAUCAUGCCGAACCAGAGAGUUGUGUCGACUUCUCAAGAUCCAUCCACUACCGAUGAUCCUGGACAAAACGUCACUGUCUACAGGCCUGGCCCACGAACGAUGACUGGUCCUGUCACUUCAUACAUACCUCCCGCGAACCGUGGCGACAACGGUACGGUAAUCAUCGAGACCCCCGGUUCUGCCACUCCUUCCAAUGUGACAAUGACCCAGACUAUCAGCACCAUUACGGCGAUCUACACUACCUACUCGCCGGCCGGUGCUGAAGAUGAUCCGGGAACUAUCAUCGUUGGAAUACCACCUGAUCGAAAUGUGACCAUCACAGAGGUGGUCAGCACUAUCACGGCUCCUUACACAAAAUAUUCUUCUCCUGGCUCGCCUGGCGAUCCCGGCACUGUCAUUAUUGAGGUGCCCCCCGACCACAACGUGACUGUCACUGAAGUCAUCAGCACUAUCACCUCUCCCCACACAAGGUACUCCGCGCCUGCAAACCGUGGAGAUCCUGGUACAGUGUAUAUCGAGCUGCCCCCAGAUUCCAAUACUACCAUCACAACUGAGGUGGAUUCACGAACAGCGCCUUAUACCACCUACUAUCCUCCCGGUUCCCAGGGAGAUCCUGGCACUGUUCUUGUUGAAUUGCCUCCUAGUCGCAACGUCACCAUCACGACCGAAGUCGCGAGCCGGACUGCCCCUUUUACAACAUACUCAGCGCCGGCCAACAAAGGAGAUCCGGGUACUAUCAUCGUCGAGAUGCCUUCUGACAGGAAUGUCACGGUCACGACCGAGAUGGCUAGUCUCACUGCUCCGUAUACUACCUAUGCAGCCCCUGCCAACAAGGGCGAUCCAGGGACUGUCAUCGUGGAAAUGCCACCUGACAGGAAUGUCACCAUUACAACUGAAGUGCCCACUCGCACCGCUCCGUAUACGACAUAUUCUGCUCCAGGAUCUCCAGGCGAUCCUGGCACCAUUAUCGUGGAAUUGCCUCCAGACCGCAACGUUACGAUCACUACCGAGAUCUCUAGUCUCACUGCUCCCUACACGACUUAUUCUCCGCCAGGAAGCAAGGGCGAUCCAGGCACAAUUAUCAUUGAAUUGCCUCCUGAUCGUAACGUGACUACCACGGAAGAGGUUCCUACGUUGACCGAGGCCUAUACUACUUAUUCACCACCGGGUAACCGCGGUGAUCCCGGCACUGUCAUUGUGCGACUCCCGCCUGACAGGAAUGUGACUAGAACGACCGAGAUCGCUACACUGACUGCUCCGUAUACAACCUAUUCUCCGCCCGCAAACAGGGGCGAUCCGGGUACUAUUAUCAUCGAAUUGCCUCCUGAUAGGAAUGUCACCACUACGGAAGAGGUCAGCACAAUCACCCGGGUCAGAACAACAUAUAUACCUCCUGCCAAUAGAGGAGACCCCGGCACAGUCGUUGUCCAAGAGCCUCCGGACACCAACACUACUAUCGUUGAUGUCGUGCCCACGAUCACACGCCCAGCCACUCGGUUUGUGCCCGCUGCCACGAAGGGUGAUCCAGGCACUGUCUAUAUCGAUGUGCCCCCGAACCACAAUGUGACAAUGACCACAACUGUCAGUACAAUCACUCGACCAAGCACAACGUUUGAACCCCCUGCUACUGAAGGCGAUGCAGGCACCGUGCUCGUCCAGAUGCCCCCUGAGUACAACGUCACCACAACUCAGACAAUUGAAACAAUCAGUAGGCCAGUCACUCGGUACUCCAGCCCUGCUGAGAUUGGCGACCCUGGCACUGUGUAUCUCGAUCUACCACCCGAGUACAACGUCACUGUCACAACCACGAUCUACAGCAUCACAAGACAGAGCACGACCUUUGCUUCUGGUGCUACCCAAGGAGAUCCUGGUACUGUCAUCAUUGAGAUGCCUCCUGAGUAUAAUGUGACUACAACACAGACUGUUGAGACAAUCAGCAGACCAGUCACUCGCUACUCGAAGGCCGGUACUAUCGGCGACCCCAACACUAUUUACGUUGACCUUCCGCCGGAAUACAAUGUCACUGUAACCACAACAGUCCCCACAAUCACGAGACAGUCCACGACAUUUACUCCUGCUGCUACUCAAGGCGAUCCUGGCACCAUCAUUAUCGAAAUGCCGCCCGAAUAUAACGUCACGACGACUCAAACCGUUGAGACCAUCAGCAGACCGGUGACUAGAUAUUCGAAGCCGGAUACUAUUGGCGAUCCCGGCACUAUUUUCGUUGACUUGCCGCCGGAAUACAAUGUUACCAUCACGACUACCGUCGACACAAUUACAAGACCUUCAACUACGUUUGCCCCAGCAGGUACCCAAGGAGAUCCGGGCACUAUAAUCGUCGAGCUUCCGCCUGACUCUAACGUCACAACAACUCAAACUAUCUCUACGAUCUCGAGACCCACAACCCGUUACUCUCGUCCAGGCACAGUUGGAGAUCCCGGUACCGUGUAUGUUGAUCUCCCGCCGGAAUACAACGUCACCAUCACCACGACCAUCGAGACCAUCACAAAGCCUUCAACCACCUUUGCUCCAGCUGGAACUCAGGGCGAUCCUGGCACUAUCAUUGUUGAGCUCCCCCCUGAUUCCAAUGUCACGGUCUCAUCAACAGUCCCCACCAUCAGCCGCCCUGCCACACGCUUUGCAAGCCCUGCAGCCGUGGGUGAUCCUGGCACCGUUUAUGUUGAUCUGCCGCCGGAGUAUAACGUCACUACAACUGAGACUGUCAGCACUAUCAGCCGUGUCCGCACAACCUUCAAUCCAGCUGCAACCGAAGGCGACCCAGGCACUAUCCUAGUCGAGGUUCCAGUUGACUACAACGUCACAACCACUGAGUUGAACAGUGCGAUUAACAGGGUUAGGACUACCUAUAUGCCUGCUGGUACGCAAGGUGACCCAAAUACCGUCCUUGUUGAGAUUCCCCCUGACUACACUAUCACAACAACCGAGACUGUCACUUCAAUUACUCGAGUCCGAACUACUUACAUGACUGCCGCGACGCAGGGUGAUGCCAACACGGUUCUUAUCGAGGUCCCCCCGGACUACAAUGUCACAUCCACGGAGACUGUCAGUUCGAUCAACAGGAUCAGGACGACUUAUAUGCCUGCCGGAACCCAGGGUGACCCUAAUACCGUCCUUGUCCAAGUUCCUCCUGAUUACACUGUCACAACUACUGAAACCAACAGUGGUAUCAGCCGUAUCCGAACUACUUAUAUGACUGCAGCGACGCAGGGUGACCCCAACACGGUCCUUAUCGAAAUCCCUCCUGAUUAUAACGUCACGUCAACCGAGACUGUCAGUUCGAUCAACAGAGUCAGGACAACGUAUAUGCCCGCCGGAACCCAGGGUGAUCCCAACACGGUCCUUAUCCAGGUUCCUCCUGACUAUACCGUCACGACCACCGAGACCAACAGUGGUAUCAGCCGUGUCAGGACCUCAUAUAUGACUGCUGCAACACAGGGCGAUCCCAAUACGGUCCUCGUUGAGGUUCCGCCGGAUUAUAAUGUCACAUCAACCGAAACCAUCAGCACGAUCAACAGGGUCAGGACAUCAUACUAUCCCGCCGGCACCCAAGGAGAUCCCAAUACGGUUCUCAUUCAAGUUCCUCCUGAUUACACUCUGACAACGACGGAAACCAACAGUGCGAUCACUCGGGUCAGGACCACAUAUAUGCCUGCUGCCACCAAGGGCGACCCGAACACGGUUCUCAUUGAAGUCCCACCGGAUUCCAAUGUGACGACAACCCAGACCAACAGUGCAAUUAGUCGCAUUAGGACCACCUAUAUGCCAGCGGGCACUCAGGGUGAUCCCAAUACCGUACUCAUUGAGGUCCCUGUCGACUAUAACGUGACCACCACCCAAACCAACAGUGCGAUCACGCGGGUUAGGACCACCUAUAACCCGGGUGCAACUCAAGGCGACCCUGGAACAGUUUUGGUUCAGGUCCCAGUUGACUAUAACGUAACAACCACUCAAACUGUCAGCACAAUCAGCCGAGCUAGAACGACAUACAACCCUGCCUCUGUUCAAGGUGACCCUAAUACAGUCCUUGUGCAGGUGCCCGUUGACUACAAUGUCACUACUACUCAAACAGUCAGCACGAUCAGUCGGGUCAGAACAUCAUACUACCCAGCUGCCACUCAGGGUGACCCUAACACGGUCCUGGUCCAGGUCCCAAUGGACUAUAAUGUCACAACUACUCAAACUGUUAGCACAAUCAGUCGGGCGAGAACGACAUACAAUCCUGCCUCUGUUCAGGGUGACCCCAACACAGUCCUUGUACAGGUGCCUGUCGACUACAAUGUCACUAGCACUCAAACAGUCAGCACGAUCAGCCGGGUCAGAACGUCUUAUUACCCAGCUGCCACUCAAGGCGACCCCAAUACGGUCUUGGUCCAGGUCCCAAUGGACUACAACGUGACAGUUACCCACACAAUCACCACUAUCAGUCGUGUGAGGACAACAUAUGGUCCUGCUGCCACACAAGGAGACCCUGGAACCAUCUACGUGGACGUACCGCCGGAGUACAACGUCACUGUCACUUCAACUGUCAGUACGAUUUCGAGAGCAUAUACCACCUAUUCUGCGCCUGGUACACAAGGUGAUCCAGGCACCAUCUGGGUAAGGCUGCCGCCUGCAUAUAAUGUAACAACCACUCAGACUGUCCCCACAAUCACUCGUAUGUCUACAACAUAUGCUCCUCCAGCUACACAGGGUGAUCCCGGAACCUUCAUUGUGCAGGUUCCCCCUGACCGUAAUGUCACUACCACUGAGACUGUUCCCACGAUAUCUCGACCUGCAACCAGAUAUGUGGCCCCGGCUACUCAGGGAGAUCCAGGUACAGUUGUGGUGCAGAUGCCACCACAGUACAAUGUCACGACAACACAAACAGUAUCAACUAUCUCUCGCGUGGCUACUGCGUAUAACCCCCCAGCUACACAGGGAGAUCCAGGUACUAUUGUUGUGCAAAUGCCCCCUUCGUAUAACGUCACGUCAACGCAGACUGUUUCAACCAUAUCCCGACUUACAACUGCAUACUCAGCCCCUGCUACACAAGGUGACCCCGGAACCGUCUGGGUCCGGGUACCUCCUGAGUAUAAUGUCACGUCUACGACUACGGUCUCAACUAUUUCUCGCCUCACAACCACAUACGCACCCCCGGCUACUCAGGGUGAUCCGGGUACUUUCAUCGUAAGAGUACCUCCAUCUUACAACGUCACCACGACUGAGACCGUGUCAACCAUUUCACGUGUUGCAACAGCCUACUCACCGCCGGCCACCCAAGGAGAUCCAGGUACUGUCAUUAUACAGAUGCCUCCGGCUUAUAAUGUCACUACCACAACCACUGUCUCAACUAUUUCCCGGCUUACAACAACUUACGCACCGCCAGCUACCCAAGGCGACCCAGCCAGCACUAUCACCCGACCUACUACUGUCUUUGCGCCUGCACAAACUCAAGGCGAUCCCGAUACUGUCAUCGUGCAAUAUCCCCCUCCUUACAACGUCACGGUCACUACAGCUGGACCGACAACGCUCACUGCACGAUACACUACAUAUUCACCACCUGGCCAACCUGGCGAUCCCGGUACCGUCAUCGUCGAGAUGCCACCGAGUCGCACAGUCACAAUCACUACAAACGGUGGCACUACAAUCUCUACCCCUGUUACCUCCACUUAUGCUCCGGGUGAGCCUGGCGACCCUGCCACCGUGGUCAUCGCAACCCCAGCUCCCCGAUCUACUACAUCUACAACAUCUUCCAGGCCGCUCACCACCAGCAGCACUACAACUACUGCGCCGGCAGCCACUGUAUCCUUCAAUUGUGAUGUAUACGGUUACCUCAUGCAGAAGACGGCUCUCUACCGUGUCGAGAUCACAUCUGGUAAGACAACCCUUAUUAAGAGUGAUGUCGGUCCUGGUGGUUGGAUCAACGCCAUCGGUUACAACCGUUUCGACAACUACAUCUACGGUAUGCACAUGGACGACACGGGCUCUCAAGUUAUCCGUAUCGGCGGCGACGGUGGUUGGACACUGCUCGGCACUCGUACCAAUGAUCGUCUCGUCCAGAUGGGUGAUAUCGAUAACCAAGGUCGCUUCUGGAUCUCGAACCAGGGAGAAGGCUGGUGGUGUAUCGAUCUCAUGCCUGGCUCAUCCACUUACGGCAAGAUUCUCAUGAGCGGCACCGCCAAGAACCCUCUCAACUCUGCCGAUUGGGCCUUCGUCCCUGGAGGAGGCGACUUCAUGUACUCCAUCAUGUACGACGACCAGGGCAAGACAUCCACGCUAUGCAAGUUCAGCCGUACGACAUACACAUGGACAACCAUCCAGGGCUUCGGUAUGAUUGCUGGUCAGAACGUAUGGGGAGCUGCCUAUGCCUCGCAAGACGGAAACCUCUACGGUUCAGAGAACACCAGCGGUCAGAUUUGGAAGUUCCCUAUCGCCCCUUCGAUUGGAACUCCAAAGUUCCUGGCCACAGGUCCAUCGUCAUCCUGGAACGAUGGUGCAAGAUGUAUCGACAGUCAGACCCUAUAA